UGUGAGCUAGCGAUACUGGGCGAGUGGGAACUUUUGACACGAGUUUUACUAAUACUAUGCUGUGUGUUCGAAUCGUUCACGCUUUGAUCUGUCGCACCGUGUAGUGGGAAGCUGCUAUAAUGAGUACCGAGCUAGUAUCGACGUUGGGAGUAAUUUUGGCGUACAAUCAAAGCGUGUGACCGAUCAAAUGUUCGUACCCGAGCUCCUGGUAAUUAACAUUGGCUCUUGUUAUCCCACGGACAGCUGAACGGCAGCGUCUUGUAAAACAAGUGCGUGUUAUAUUAGUGGAAUCUUGAUUGCUGCCAAUCACCCGUGUCCGUCGCUUUAAUUCCAGUGAUGUGAGAGCCGCAGUGCCGAUGAUUUGAAGGAGGAAUACAGGGGGAAAAUAAUCUUACUUGAGAAUGGCAGGCGCUAAGCCCGGAGUACACCACGUUCAGUUGAAAUCCGUGCUAGUCUCCGAAAGUUUAAUCGCUGGAGCUAAAUUCAUCAAGUGGGAUGAUAGUUCUCAAACUGGAACACCAGUCACACUGCGGGUGGAUAAAAAUGGCCACAUCUUAUUUUGGAGAAACCAGAACAAGGAAAUGGAUUUUCUGGAUAUUCUGCUUAUCCGAGAUGCAAGACAAGGGAAGCAUGCCAAAGUUCCAAAGGAUGGAAAGCUUCGUGAUACACUGAUGAUUGGGCAGCAAGAUAUUCCUUUGGAAGAAAAGACUGUGUCCGUAUGUUUUGGUACAGACUUUGUUAAUGUGGAGUGGAUUAACUUUGUCAGUUCUCACAGGGAUACUGCUAAGGAAUGGGCAGAUAACAUUUUCAAGUAUUCGCGGAACCUGUUGGCUCUGAAUGCAAGCGCUCUCACAUUUUUAGAAAAAUCCUACACUCGCCUGUCUGUUGUGCUCAAUCAAGAUGGCAAGAUCCCUAUUAAAAAUGUUCAGAAGAUGGUAGCAGUUAAUCGAGAAGACCGCAAAAAAGUAGAAAGUUCUCUAGAGGCAGCUGGGUUCCACACAGGAAAGAAUGGAAAUAUUGAUCCACACAAAUUGUCGUUUGAGCAAUAUUUCAACUUCUACCGUCACCUAACAGGAAGAACUGAAGUUGAUAAAAUAUUUGAUGAAAUUGGAGCAAAGAAGAAGCCGUACCUUACAGUAGAACAGUUUCAGGAUUUCUUGAACAAGCAUCAGAGAGAUCCUCGUCUCAAUGAGAUCUUGUACCCGUUUUACACCAAGGAUCAGGCCCAGGCCUUGAUCGACACCUACGAAACUAAACAGGGAAUGGCCGCUAAAGGUCAUUUGUCACAAGAGGGUUUUCUGAAGUUCUUGAUGAGUGAAGAAAAUAACUUGAUUCCUCCAGAAAAACUUGAUCUUAGUGAGGAUAUGGCUCAACCACUGUCACACUACUUCAUCAACUCGUCACAUAAUACAUACCUCACUGGACAUCAGUUGACUGGCAAAUCAUCAGUGGAGGUGUACUGCCAGGUGUUGCUGGCUGGAUGCCGAUGUGUUGAACUCGACUGUUGGGAUGGCCGAGGUGCUGAUGAAGAACCAAUCAUAACUCAUGGUUUUACAAUGUGCACUGAAAUCCCAUUUAAAGAUGUGAUAGAAGCCAUUGCACUGUGUGCCUUCAAAACAUCAGAAUAUCCAUUAAUUUUGUCAUUUGAAAAUCAUUGCUCACCAAGGCAACAGGCAAAGAUGGCCAACUAUUGCAAGGAGAUUUUUGGUGAUAUGUUGUUGACUUCAACCAUUGAAGAUCAUCCACUUGAGAGUGAUGUGCCCCUGCCUAGUCCUGACCAGUUAAAAAGAAAACUAUUGGUGAAGAAUAAGAAACAGCAUGUACACCACAGACAUUCACAUCCACCAAAACAAGGUACUCCAAGUAAAAGUUCGACCAAGAGUUCUGGCGAAUCCAAACAGAAGGUCUCGAUAACCGAAAGUGACAAAGGCUCCGACAAGAGCUCUACAAUAGAAGGGGGAACUACUCUUGAAAAGACCUCCAAUUCCUUGCCAAGCUCUCCUGAGAAGCGAGUGGAGAAAAGUCCAGUUUGUGGUGAAGGAGAGAAAAGCGAGAUCAGUGUGGUGAAAGCUGUGGCUGUUGGGGAUGAGUUGCUGAAUGACAGUGAGUCAGAGUCUAGUGACGAUGAAGAUGACGUGGCCCUGGAUAUCAUGUCGGAGGAGGAGAAGUAUCGACGACAGAGAGAGAAGCGGGAAAGGGGUACAGCUGGUAAGGAAGCAGAGGCAGCCAGCGAGAUGUCGGAGCUUGUCAACUACAUCAUGCCAGUGCAUUUCCAUUCCUUUGAGGUUGCAGAGAAGCGAAAGAGAUUUUAUGAAAUUUCAUCUUUUGUGGAGACUCAAGGUACAGCCUUGCUGAAAGAAUUCCCAGUAGAGUUUGUCAAUUACAAUAAAUACCAGCUGAGCAGAAUUUAUCCUAGAGGAACAAGGGUUGAUUCAAGCAAUUUCAUGCCCCAGGUGUUUUGGAAUGCAGGUUGUCAGUUAGUGGCACUGAAUUUUCAAACUCUAGAUCUUGCAAUGCAGAUCAACUUGGGUAUUUUUGAGUACAACAAGCAGUGUGGAUACAUUCUGAAGCCCGACUUUAUGAGGCGCAGUGAUCGGCAUUUUGAUCCGUUUGCUGAAUCUACGGUUGAUGGAAUUGUGGCAGGAACAGUGUCAGUUCGGGUAAUCUCUGCACAGUUUCUGUCAGACAAAAAGGUCAGCACAUAUGUAGAAGUGGACAUGUAUGGCUUACCAACAGACACAUUCAGAAAGAAAUUCAAAACAAAAACCAUCCCCGCAAAUGGCAUUAACCCUGUUUAUGAUGAAGAUGCAUUUGUUUUCAAAAAGAUUGUCUUACCCAACUUGGCCACUCUUAGAAUAGGUGUGUUUGAAGAAACUGGAAAGCUCAUUGGUCACAGAGUGUUGCCUGUGGAAGGACUUAGACCAGGUUACCGUCACAUACCACUUCGAAAUGAGAACAAUCAGCCAAUGCUUCUGCCGACACUGUUUGUUCAUAUAGUCGUCAAUGAUUAUGUGUCCGAUAUACAUCAAGAAUUUGCCCGAGCUCUGGAAAACCCAACAGCUUGGUUAUCAGCUCAAGAGAAGCAUGCUCAACAGAUAGCAGUUCUUGUGGAUGAUUUUGGUUUCGAUGAAGAAAUCGACAAUGCUGAUAAGAUGCAACAGCGACAGGAUUCCAUCAUUAACCGCCAGCCUCACAAUGGAAACUUGUCAAGUUCUGACUCACAGAGGCUGACACGUGCUCAGUCUGCGUCGGUGAAGGAACGACCUCUCAGCAAGCAGGACAGCUCGCAGUCAGCAGGAAACUCCAGCUCAACAGGUCCACACACCAUUACUCGGAUGCAGUCUAACCUGUCUGGUGUUGAGAACGGAACCUCUGGUUUGUCUGUCAUUUCUGUAGCACAGACAACAAAACUUAAUGACCCCGAGUUAUUGAAGCCGACACCACUGUCAGACCUGAAAAAACACAAACAAAUCCAAAAAGCUCUUGCUAAUCGUGAGAAGGAUCUUCAGUCAAUUCGCAGGAAACGAGACAAGGUUCACGAAAGUCUUGUAGAGACAUUUAGCCUGAAGCUGGAAAAGCAAGCAUACCAACAGCUGAAGCAGCGUACCUCCCUGGAGAAGUCACAUUCCAAGCUGAUGAAGAAAGUGAGCAAGUCUCAGCAGCAGGUGAAGGUGGAUGAAGCUGAGACGAAAUAUCAGUCUGAUUUACAGGAUCUCGUCAACCAACAGCAGGAGAAGCACAAAGAGUUGAAGCAGUCACAUGCCCAGAUUUUGGUUGCCAAAAACAUUGAUCUGUAUUGUGCGGAGAUGAACAUCUAUAUACGACACCAUGAACACAUCUAUGGAGUUCUUCAGAAUCUGAUGAUAGCCAACCAUUCCCAGCACAAGCAGCAGCUGAUGCAGCUGUACGACCGCGAGGUUUUCGAGCUCAAGAAACGCAUGGACCAACAGAGCAGAGACCACAUGAAGACACUGGCCAGGAAACACAAGGAUAAGUCCGAACUGUCCAGGAUCAAACGAGAAGUUCAAACAAAACAUGUAUUCUUGGCUGUUCAGGAAAGACAAAGGUUGAAAGAUAUACUGGAAAAACGACAAGAGGAGCUUGAAGAAAAAUUGAAUGAAGUGGCAAAGGAACUAGAGAAGGAAAAAGAAAUGGUUCUUGUAUCAUAUAGUGAAGAAUUCAAUGAGAAGUGUAAAAAAAUUAAAGAAGAGUACAAAGAUCUGUUGCCAAAGUCAUUUGAUGAAGAGGAGGAUGUUUGCCCAGCCAUUCCACAAAAAUCAUCACCUUCAAAAUCGUCACCUGUCAAAUCGUCAUUCUCCGAUUCUGAAAAGACUUCACCGAUGCACCAACCAGCACAGACAGCUGACGAGAAGACCUCAGAAACUGAAUCGCCAGUCCAUCUGCCUGACAGUGACGAGAAAAAUACAUUUCCAGAAAAAACUUCACCUGAAGUUGAAGAAAAGACAAUCCCAGAUAAAGAUUCCUACGUAAAUGCAAACAAGAUUAAUUCUCAGGAGCAAUUAACAGCCAUGUAACUUUGAGACAAACCAUCACUGUUGUCCGGAUUGCAUUUUGACUGUCGGUGAUUGUUAACGAAUAUUUUAAAAGUGUAUUAGUCGGUAACUACAUAUGAUCUCUGUAAGAAGAUCUGGUGACAACAAAUGGCCAUAUAAAUCUUGGAGCAAAUGUGUGUUAUUACUGCAUUUAACCUGUUGGUGAUAUUUAAUGAGUGUAUGGGUCAGAGAACUUGUAUGUUGUUUGUACGGAGAUACUUGAAACUAACAAUGGUCAGUUGUUGCCAACGAUUGCCAAUAAUUAUCAGUUACACAAAUACAUUCUGUGCAGGCAUUUUAUGCACCUUUGAACAUUAACUUAUUAUAAAGGACAUGCUUUUUUCUGUAAUAAGUCUUGAAUCAUGUUCAAAUUUUGUUUUAUUUACCACUAAUUUAAUUCAGUUUUUAUAAUGUAGGACUCGAAUAUACAGAUUUAUUAAGAAAGUCAUUGGCAAAAUGCUCACCUAUAACAAUUCUGGGCCUAUCUGCAGUAACUUUUGCAAACAAUAAAUACUAAAUUAAAAACCAGACAUUAUCCCUUCAACUACAGCAGUUCAUAUCACAGCUACAGCAAUUGCCAUCAGUGCUGCCAAUUAAGUUGAGCCCUGUACUGACCCUAAAUUAAAACCUAUAGCAUACAAGCUGACAAGUAGCAAGGUUCUGUAGCAUAUAAAGGUUUAUUACAAUAAAUGUUUAUCAUCAUAAUAAUGCUUGGAUACCGGUAUUAAAGAACAAUAUUGUAGGUUUGGCAUUCAAAGAGUGGACAGAGCAAUGUGAUAUUUUCAGUAUUCUCCUGGGAAAAAGGGACAUUGAACUUAAAUAACACAUUUUUCAUAUAUGUUUUUGACCUGGAUGAGUUAAGGUCUAUGCAGUAAAGGAAGAUCAAGAUGUCAUACGCAGUUUUAACAAAUAGUUUACAUGUGUCUGAAUGUUGUUUCUUAGCACUGAAACUACAACAUAAUUUUACAAGAUUUUUUUUAUCAUGUAACAUCAUUUCACGUAUGUUAGAUAUUUGUGUUGUUAGUUUUCACCUAAUGUUAUUACAUUGCAAUCAAGGAUUUUUUCUUUCCAUAUUGGAAUAUUGUCAAUGUCAUUUGGGAUGCAAUUUGCAGUUGUAAAUAUUGUUGACGAUAUGUAUUUUCUAUUGUGUGUGUGUAUGUGUGAUUUUUUGUUAAAUCUAGAUUUUCUAGUAAUUUAGAUUAAAAGUAAAAAGAUGUUAUUCUUGUAAGAUUAUUUCAAGCCAGAAAAAAACUAUCAAUUUUCGUCUCUGAAAGUUUUUAAAUGUAAGAUCAUUAUAUUGCUUGAGGUGUCCCUUAAACAAAUGUUGCUUUUCUUUAACUUAAUAUUCUAGCAAAUACUAUUUGCAGUAAAGGAAGAAACACAAUAUAAAUGGGAUGUAAGGGCUUGAUGAAUUGCAAUAAACCAUUUUCCUAUUAAACCAUUGUACAUAUAUUUAGGCUAGUUCUGUUACUCUUAAUUAAUGCAAGAUAUUUACAGUUGUUUUUACAUGGAAGAUUUCAGAUACACACAGCCAAGUAUCAAUUCAUGGUGAUAUAAUUUUAAUGAUGUAUGAAUCAUCAGAUUGUCAAAUGUAUUUGUCUGAAUUCCACAGGAAAAGUUCAAACUGAAAUAUAGCCUGUUUUUUUAUUUAAUAAUUUAUUCUUUCAUCAAAUUAUCUCAAUAACUGAUUAUAUACCGACAUCCAAAAGAAACUAUACCAAGACAAAUUGAUUUAAUUUCCUUUAUAAUUUGGAUAAUGGAAAUAAAAUGGUGGUUAAAUAUGUUUCUGCUUUUAUGGAAUGAAAUUGUGUCCCUCAUAUGGCAAAACACCACUCUCGUGAAUAUAUAGGUUUUAAACAUGCCACAUAUUUUGGGUUUUCUUCUGAAGUCUCUCAGAGUAUUGGUAUUAUUUCUUUUGGACAUUAGUAUAGUUUAGACUUUCAGUAUAUCCACUUGUCUAUCAUCAGGGUUUUUUCACUAGUCAUCAUUACUUUAUAUUUAGUGUAUAAUUAUAUUGUUUUUCACUAGUUUGAUCUACAAGUUUUUUCACCUAAUCUGUCAUCAGUUAUUGUCACUAGUCGUUUACCAUUUUUUCACUAGUCUAUUGUUUACUUUUUUCUACUAGUCUUGUCAUCAAUUUAUUCACUAAUCAAUCAAGGUUAUUUUUAAAUGUUUCCAUUAGUCUCUUCUCUCAUCAGUUUGUUCAUUAGUUUGAUAACUGACUGAUAUUCACAUACAUACAUUCAUUUCAUUUCUUCUGAACAUUCAGAUGUUUUUGCACUAGGUUAUUCUCUACUAAUGUUUAUUCUCUGUGUACGUGACAGUUCUUCAUUAAUGCUAGAUGAAUAAAUGCAAAAGAAUACAUUAUAAAACCAAUUAUUUCAAGUAUUCUAGAUUCAUUAAUGUUUACUAGUAUAAUUAUAUUGCAUUUUUUAAGUAAUGUUUGCAUGAACCAGUAAUAGUUAUGCUAUAUGUAUUUUAGGACCUUACCUAGUCUAAAAUGAGUAGGGUGGCUGUACAAAAUGAAUUGGGGUGCAGAAAUAGGUCAUCUCCAGGUAGAUUAAAAGGAAAAGAAAUUUGUUCUUUUUCCUGGGGUACAUCUAUCCCCCUGACAUCCCCCACUGGGUAAAGCCCUGUAUGUGAAGAAUGUGUAGAAACCAGACAGUAGUAAUUAUUUGUGUCAAUUAUUUUAAAACCAGAAGUCAAUAACCAUUUGUAUAAACCAAUACCCAGAGGUUUAAGGCACACAAUAUGCAAACAAUACCAUAAUAUACACCAGUCUGUUCUCAUAAGUGUGUUGAUACCAAAACUUCAAUGCCAUAAUCUAUCAAUCAUUUUGUAUAAUCUAAUUGAGACCAAUCAGUUGUAAAACUAUAUUUAUACUGUAGGUAUACUUUCAUUUAUACAAACCUGUCAGUUAUUAUGUUUAGAAUGUUUAGUAGAUAAAUGACAGCAUUGUUAUAAAAAAAUAAUUAUCAUGGUCAGAAUUGUAUCUCUGCCUCAGACAUAGUCCGUGAGAUUUUAUUUUUGCUAACCCAUGAAAUAAAAUUCUAAACAAUAUGUUAAGUGUUUGCAGUGUCGUUUUUUUGUUUCUAUUUGCAGUGUCGUUUUUUUGUUUCUAUUGGCUUCUGUGAGAGCACAAAAUUGGUCAUUACACUGAAGUUAACUAGUUUAGAAUUGCCUAAAGGGUGUAUUAUAUGAUGCUCGUAUAUAUUUUCUUGUUUAAUUAUUGUUAUGAUUCAAAGUACUAAAACGAGCAAAAAUACAACAAGUUUAAUAUAUACAUUUAUCUAGAAUGACUAUAGUCAGAAUAUAGUACACAUUAACAGUUUAAUAUAUACAUUUAUCUAGAAUGACUAUAGUCAGAAUAUAGUACACAUUAACAGUUCUGUUAUUGUAUGGAAUUUGAUGGAAUGCCAUAACUUAUGCCGUAGAUUUUCAGGUAUGCGUUCUUCUCCUUUUAAAUAAUGUUUUGAUUGGUACUGUUUUUGCAGUAAAUCAGUUAAUACUAAAUUGUUUUCUUCUAUUUACAAUACAAUAUCAGACAUUUCAAUUAUUAUGGCUUUAAUUUUAUGAAAUUUUGAAAUAUAUUCCUCAAUUGUCAUAAAAAAUGCUGUUGCAAAUGUAAUACAAAUUGGGCUUUUUAAUUAUGGAUAUGUAAAAGGUUUAAUUAUAUGGAUAUUUUCUGCUUACAUAGAAUACCAUUUGUUGUGAUGUUCUCUAUAUUUUUGUGCUAUGAUAUUGCACACAUGUGAUCACAUUAAAUGUAUGCCAUUGUGAUGUAUCCUUUUGGAAUGGUACAGGUUACUCAUAUCUACUUUGAAUAUUAGUACUAUUUACAUGUUACGUACAUGCUUUGUUUGUAAAUAUUGUCCCCCCCCCCCCCCCCCCCCCCCAAUUCCAGUCAUUGUAUGCUAUAUAUUAUUGUAUUAUUUUGUGAUCAAUUUUGUUUUGUUUAGAUGUUUGAUUUUUAUCAACAUGUUUUUUCCCUGUACAUUCCAGUUUGAUUGUUAUGACAUUAAAUUAAAGUGAUUUGUUGGUACAUAACCUGUAUAAGAAAACAUUUACAGUCUAACACAGUGUAGUCUAUUUUGAAGUAUAUACUUUUUGCUACCUUUUACUAUCUAGUUUAUUAAUGAUCUAUUUGUAUAUUUCUGAGUUAUUUAUUGUUAUUUAUUAACCAUAUUGUUCAGAUUAUAAACAUUUGUUACAAAAAACAUAUUGUAAAUAGUGAAUAUAGGUGAAAAUGAUGAAAUUAUAUUUGAAUUAUUUAACCAUUUAAAAUUACUAUAGUCUUGGGCUGCACAAAGUAAGAAUACAAAACCCUCAGCUGGUAGAUAUGCAGUUAAAUGUUUGUGUACAUGUAUGUAAUUAUAUGAUUUUUUAUAUGUAUAUAAAAUUCAUUUGAAUUUCUG